UUCAAAAAAUGUCAAUCAACUCAGUGUGUGAAAAUAACCAAACAUUCCCGAGAAAAGGAAAAACAUUUCUAAUUUAUGCCUAUUUUCUUGCAUAAACCCCAAAAAAUUAAAGCGCUCUUAGUGACAAAUUUCUAUCUAUUAUAUUGUUCGUGGAUUGAAACACUCGUAGCCAAGGAAAUCAGGUCAGGAAGUACGUGAACUACAUUUUUUGGCUUCAGCAUCAUUGGAGAAGGCUGUUCCCGGAUCAUUGGAUUUAGUUAUGGCUACCGACAUAAUCAAAGGGUAUUCACAUCUACAGCAGGAACUGAAUAAGGCCCGUGAUAAUCUGAAGGAUUUGAAUGAAAACAUCCGGAAGAUUGUUGGUCGUGAUCCCUCAACAACUGAGCAGUACAACAGUGGGAACAGUUUCGGAGCGUAUUCCCGCAAUGAUGUUCGGAAACGCAAUUCAGCUGGAUUCGAACCGGGCCGACGUAUGGAACAGGAACGUCGCUUUUCCGACGUUGCUCAUAACCCACCGAAACGGCGGGUCAUCGGGGAGACAAAAUCUGUGUUCAGCCGCCUGUCGGGGCCGCCAAAUCGCGACGUGGAAUACGAAAAGCCCAGAAUUUACUCGCGAGUCAUCAAGGAGCAACCAACCCGGCAGGAGAUAGUCGCCGCCCAGGGAAGCGACGAGCAGUCACGGGCCCGGAACCGACGCAUAUUUGGUUCCUUGCUGGGUACGUUGCAGAAAUUUUCGCAGGAAGAGUCGCGGCUCAAAUCCAAAGAGGAGAAAAAGGCACAGAUAGAGAAGAAACUUGAAGAGCAGCAGAAAACUGAACGAGAAAAUCUUCGCAAGGAGAAACAAUGCCUUUAUACUGACCGAAAGCGACAACAGUUGGAGAUCCGCGCUCUUGAAACCAAGAUGAACAAAAUGAAAGACUUGGAAGCAUGGGAGGAGACGAAAAAGCCUCUGGCCAACUUCAUCAAAACCAAAACGAAGCCGUAUAUCUAUUUUCUACCGAAAAAGAUGGACUCCAAAAUGGAGAAGAGGUUAAAAGAAUGCCAAGAGGAGCACGCAAAAAUGAUGGAACAAAAGCGUCAGGAAGUUAUGGAUAGUAUUGCCACCGUAGAGGCGCGCCUUAAAGCGGACCUCAAGAACUUGGAGGAAAACGCUAACCGCGAUCGAUCUGCUGCCCAAGACGCCAAUCAAAACAGCUUGAAAAUGGAUCGCAUUGCAGCCACGGAGGAAGACGAGGACUAUCAUGAGGAUGAUCACGCCAACAGUUCAUACAAUGAUGAUGAACACUCCGACGUAGCAGAAGGACCCGCACUGCCAUCGGCUUUGGUUGCACCCAACUUCAAAAUCACUAUUCACAAUAACGAGAUAAAACAAGUUGAUAAGUCCGAAGCAUCUCCCAAAGUAUUGCGCUUAGUGGACGGUACGGUUUCGUCUUCGAUGAACGUUGAUUCUGCCUCAGACAGUGCUUCCUAUUUGACCCAAGGGGAAAACUUCCAGAUAACGUUCAAAACGGAUCGCAGUGCCGAUUGAUCUAACCCAUCGCCGCUCUCCGUACAGUCAUCCCUUAUUGCGAAGAACAAGCAAUGUUGAACAAGAAAUGUCGAGAUUGCCAUUGAGAUGCAGUACAAUAUAUUUAACAGAAGAUCAAUGCAGGAUCUUCUUUGACGUUUGAGAAGGAUACAUAGAGAACAAGUGCUUCACAGUAGGGACAAAACUAAGGCAUGGAUUGCCUUACGAUUUCUGCAACAGUGAAGAGCAAGAAUUGUCCCUUGCUCGAAUAAUACACAUACACACACUUUCGUUUGUACGAUUGCGUUUCAACCAUGAUAAAUUUUAUUUGUGUAUCAAUGUACUCAAAGGUAGACUAGAGAUAAUGGCCCGAAAUUUCAAACACUAAUAAUAACCAUAAAGUUAUCUAACGAUACAUUUAAAAAAAAUAUACAAUAAAAUGACA